AUGGCAGAUCAAACCGGAUCUCCUCAUAGCUCGGGCUCUUCUUCUUUCGAUCCGUACUCGGCGGAUUCCCCGGAAGGCCCGAUGGAAAGCCUGGCAAGGAGCUUGGGCCAAGUUCCAGAAUCGUUUGGCCAUCAAGAACAGAUUCCUGAUGAUAAGGAAAAUUUUACUCCCAAUUCGAGAGAACCUGAUGAGCCUUCGAAUCGAAGUAACGUUUCUCCGGAAUUCCCAGACCAGGACGUCUUGACGGAUCGACAACUUCGAAAAAGGAAGCGCGUUGCCACGGCCAAUCAACCCGCACAAGAGAAAGAUUCUCAUUGGGAAAACGGCGACGGAUAUAGUUUUACUGAGAAUGACCCCCAGUACCCCGCCGGUUCUUCUCCGCCGGAAGGGAACAAACGCCUCAAGUUCAAUGGGCCUUCUUCCGAAAUGCCGGAAAAUGCUCUGGACAAAUCAAAGCUUCCAGGGGAAAUUUGGCAACAUGUUUUUAGUUUUCUUCCACCCACAUCCCUGGGCCGUGUUCUUCAAGUGAACCAUGUCUUCAAGGACCUGCUAACUGCAGACGUGACAGAGUUGUCUGCUAAGGGCGCAACUCCUCGUUCAUUAAAGUAUGUUCAUCCAAACUCUAUUUGGUCUUCUUCUCGAAAGACCUUUCAUCCUGGCAUGCCCCGUCCGCUCUCGCAUCUGUCUGAGCUGGACAUGUGGCGUCUUGUUCGCGGAACUGCCUGUCAGUUUUGCAAUAAGUCUGGUUUUAUCUCUUCGUCCGACAAUUCCGUAUGGGAAAACGGCCCCGGUAUUAAUGGGGUACGGAUCAUCUGGCCGUUUGCUGUCCGAGCCUGCAGCGAGUGUAUUCAUAAUAAUUGCGAAAAGGAAAUGGACCUUCUUUUCUCUUCCACUGUGCCCACUCUUCUUAUUCCUGCUAUUCCGUUUGCAUUUUUUACCCAAUCAAUGCAUUUUGUGUCUUCCGUCGUCCUUCGGUCAAACCAGCCUCCAUCGGGUCUUAAUCUAACUAAGUUCUACUUGAAAUCUCAUAUCGAGGCGAUGAGAAGCAAAUUCGAGGAAGUCAAAGCCCUAGGAGCCGCAACAGCCGAGGAAUGGGUUAAGGGCUUAGAGGGGAAUGGAAAGGAGAAGAUUGCUGAUUCAGCUAGAUGGGAGCAAUGGGAACUUACAGGCGGUUUUCGUUCUCUCAUCACAGCCGUUACCUCCCACUCUGGUCGGCCUAAUAUGGAUUACAUGGAGUCUGGUGGUCCCGGUUCCCACACCAUUGGAUCCAAUUCUUCUCUUUCAAGCCCUCCUGGGGGGAACUUUCCUAGCCGCCCUAGACGGUCUUCAAAUACGCAUGCAAAGUCAGGAAAUGUUCCAAUGCAACAAGCAUCCCAUCAUCGAUCUGAGCGCAGCAUUCGCGAAAUAAACGAAGCAAAAGCCAGCAGGAAGGCCGAAAUUGAGCGGAGGUGUGCUGAACUCGACCCACCCCUGAGUGCAGCUGUCUUAAGCCAUAUGGACUCUUUUCAAGCAGCUAUUCAGAUUCCUAACCCCUUUACUGAUCAUGCCUGGGACAUCCUGAGGCCACGUUUACUAUCCCAGAGAGAAGUCGCUGAGCGUCGCGAACAAGAACGCAUUAAACAAGAUAAAAUUCUUCAAGCCAAAUCAGAAGAACGGCGACAACAAGAAGCUCAGCUGAAGGAAGCUAAGGACUUACUCGACAAAGAAUGGGAUGAAAUUCAGAGGCCUAUUCGCGAACGCAUGGCAACAUACGCUGAUGAAAUCAUUCGCGAAGGUUGGCGUGAUGGCGAUGGAGUGACUAAGGACAAGUGUCCUAAAUUCGCGGCAGAUGUUCUGAUGUACGUUCGCAACAAAUUCUACAGUGACUUGGUGAAAGAAGAUGCCAUGGCUCGUAGUCUCGGCAAGCCAAUUGAGGAAGACCGUCCUGGCGCGCCGCCGAAACGGAAGCUUAUCUUGGAAAACAUGAAAUGGAUCUUCGACCAGAAGAUCAAACCUCUUACAGACCCACACCAAAAGGAGCUAUUCCUUUGCAACGGCUGUGAGAAUAAUUCCAAGUACUACGGCUUCGAGGGAGUGGUCCAGCACUACGCCGCAAAGCAUACCAGUGUCCUCAGCCUUGGUAGUGUUGUUGUACAUUGGCGUGCAGAGUGGCCGGAGCAGCCUCCCUUUCACCCAAACCCAAACGCAGCUCGGGCUUUGAUGUUUGCGAUGCCUCGACCGACUAUGGGCCAGCCUAAUCUAGGCUACCAAAGCAAUCCAAUUGGGCCGGAUGCUUACCCGCAUAUGUCUCCCGCGCCUUACCGAAGAACUCCAUAUACCCCCUACGCAUAUGGAUCUGGACCAUAUCGCCCCCCUUCUCCUGCAGGUUCACAGUACUAUCCCCCUCCGCAGGGAAGCUAUGCAUAUCCUCCACCGCAGGCUGGCUAUCCUCCUAAUGGACCCUAUGAUCCACAUACUCAACCUCCACCGCCAAAUCCUGUCUAUGGAUCCCCAUACCCUGGCCCAGGUUAUCCCCCACCGUAUCAUGGUCCUGAUGCAAGGGCUCCGGUGCCACCACCACCCGCGUAUCCCCCUCACUAUGGCUCCCAGCCACAUAUUCCUCCAUAUGGAGUCCCCUAUUCUUCCAGUUCCCAUGCGCAGCGACCCGGGGCCCCUCCUUCUAAUUCCCACAAAUCCAACCCCAACAGCCAAGCUUAUGGGUUCUAUCAAUCCCAAGUUGAUGAGCUAGCGAAGAACGCUCGGGCUAUUUGGAACGGCACGUCUGGUAUUAAAGAUCUCCCCCAUAACGUCCGGGCUUUCGUGUUGCUGCACCAUGUCGUCAGUCGAUUUUCAGAACGUUUUGGCCACGAACCACCUCUAGCUCUCUUUUCGGACGCCCUCAGUACCCACCCACAAAUGAAGCCUAUCAAGAACCUAUGUGGCCUGGUUUGCAAAUCAUGUUCAAGCGCCCACGCGUCCCAUGGACGUCGCGGUCGUGGGCAUGAUCGGAAGCCUUUUAAUUUACCUGCCAUUAUCAGCCAUUUUCUCUCGGUGCACCUAACUAGAGAUGAUCCGCCACCCGACUGGAAAACGAAAAUGAUAGCUUUACCCGAUGACGCCACUAUAUCUUCCCUAAAUCAAACCCCAGGCAUGGAUCAAGCAAAGUUCCAAUUAGUCACAGCUGCCUUUCCUUGGGUAUUCGGUUCUAACGCCUCCAAAGCUUCGUUCAACGGUGCAACAACCAAGGAUAAUAGACCAGCGCUGAAGAAAGGUCAAACAGGAGCUGGUCGUGCUCACCCAACUGAGGAGCAUACCAAAUAUCCUGAAGCGCGAGUUGCUGAGACCAAGCCUGUGGCACCAGAACCUCAUCGCGCGCGCCUCGAGGUAGCUGUUGACGAUUUCCCCAAGUUUAUGGAAUCCCCAUUGGGUGAUGGUAUCAAACCUGUUGAACCUCCAAAGGACAAUGAAUAUGAUCCUCAUCGACCUGCAUACAUCGAACCAGUGCGUGAUCAAUUCGGUCGGCUAGACAGUCGUCGCCCGCGAGCCAAAAACCUAGCAACAGCUCCGAUUCAAGAUGGACGUCUAGACGACCAAAGUGGCGUAGUUCCGCCGCCCGAACGACCGAGCUCUGAAAUUCAUCCCGACACUGCCAGGCUUGCCCACCGACCCGCAGCGAUGAUGGAAUCUGACAAACGCCCGUAUAAAGAGAGGCUAUCCAAGCCUGAAUUGGGUGGAACUGAGGCAGCGACUGGUAUUAUUGUUGAUGCUCGUGCAGACAUGGAGCACCCUGCUACACAUACCAGAAAUGUGUCAGAGGAUGGGGAAGUCCCUGAGCCCCUUCAUCCCCAAGGAGGAAAUGGCAAAACUGGCUCUCCGGUUGAAGAAUUGAGCGCAGCAGAACGCUUUCUCAGCAGUUUUGUGCCUGGCCAAGAUCCGGAAGAAUACAAGUCUGGCACCGGGGACGCUGAUCGAUCGAACGACCCGUCUAGGGCCAAGUGGCUGGACCCUGAGGACAUGGAUGAGCGUCGCUGGCGUGCUGAUGCUGGUGGAGCAGGAGAAGGCAGUGUAGUUGGCGAUAUCUCUCGAAGUGCGAGACAUAGUUGGGGUGCUCGAACAAAUAGUCCUGCUACAGCGCGAGGAUAUCGCGAGUUUGACCAGCGCUUAGAUCCGCAGGAUAAUACCGGUAGACGUGCGGGAGCGAUGUCCCCAGACACUGGAGAACCGCGACACGGAAGGCGAGGCGUUGCUUAUUCGGAAUCACGUCACCAGCCCGACCACCAUGCACGUCGUCCUCAAAGCAGAUUCGACAGGUAUGAAGCCCAACGGCAAGGAUCGCUUCGACCUCGAUCUCGAUCUCCAGCAGUCCAUGAUACUCUUCCGCUUGAACCAGCGUAUUAUCGUGAUCGAAGCCCAAGAAACCGGUCCAGGCGACCAGUGUAUCCGGAUUAUCCUCCCACCGAGGCAUACUAUGAUCGUGUCCCUCUUGAACAGCCUGCCCCGUAUACCCGGGCACCUCCUCAUCCGCAAUACCAAUAUCUGGACGACCCCAGGUAUGCAGAUCGGCCGUACGACGGUACGGUGGAAUACAUUCCUGUUCGCGUCAGUGGUCGCGAAUCGCAAAACCCUCCCACCUAUUACAUUGAGCGCCCUGUACAUCGUGACGCUCCAAAAGAGUAUCUUGACUAUGAGAUGGAGUAUCGACGACAGCCUGUUUACGAAGACCAGGGGCAAUAUUACUCUCCAGAAACUAUUCCUGCACCUGGGCCUAUGCCGCGCCGCGCCCGGUAUCGUUAAAGAAACGGUUCUUGCUCCAUUACGCGUGAUCAAGAAUACCAUUUUCAAUUUACGUUUUGGGCUCCAGCUGUUUGGCUCCGCUGGGGCUCUUUUCUUUUUUCUUUUUUCUUUUCCCUCCACCGACCUAUUUCUCUCGACA